CGCGCCGGCGCUUCGGCGUCGCGACGUCGGUAACCCACAAACAGGAGCUAGGGAGAGGGUGGGGGGUUGUUGUGCGUCGUAGUGCUGUUCGUGCCUGGACCUUAUGCGCCCCCAAAAGAGCCGGCAGCUAGUGCAAGACGAGUCGGUCCUUGGCCGUGUGCGUGGCCAGCAGUGGGAUUAGUGGUGUUUUUUUUUCACCGUCGGUCACUGGUACCCGCGUUGAGUUUUGUUACCUCCCUCCCCCAAACCCCUUCUCAUACAUUGAGAGUUACUAUAUUUAUAUAUAUAUAUAUAUAUAUAUAUAGGGGCAGGUGUCGGGGGGCAGUUGCCAACCGUUUUUCCUGCAGGUGCGAUAUAAUAAUGCGGUACGUGCCGCGUCAUCGAUUACAAAAAAAGUGACGGGGAGAAAUGUGAUAGGAAGAGAAAAAAGGCGCCCUGAGAGUUGGUGCCUGACCGGGAGGGGUCGGGACGAAGAGAAAUGCAACGAAAAUCGUCGACGAGCACCUGCAUCGCGAACCUUAUUUGGGUGCUUUGCGCUCUCGUCACAUUAUGCUGCUUCUUCGUACGGCCAGCCCUAGGGGCCCCGGGCCCCCCUGAUACCGGCAUCAAACUAGAACUGAAAAGCCAUGGUGAACAAAAGUUCGGAGACAGCUGCAAGGAUGACUCAGAUUGUGGAUUUGAUGGAUCGGAAUGCCAUCAAGAGCAGAAGAAAUGCUACUGCCGAAAGGAAUUCACGGUUACAAAUCACAUAGACAAAUGUGGAAUGCCCGCCAAUAUUGAUGAAUUGUGCUACUUCCAUGAACAGUGUCAAGCAAAAGUUCCCAAAACUGAAUGUCGAGAUGGACUUUGUUCUUGUGUUUUUGAUAAAAUUCCCAGAUUGAAUGAUGACAAUAGUAUAGAGUGCAUCGAUUUACCACCAAGAGGAGGUAAAAAAAUUGGAGAUGACUGUAAAACUGAUAGUGAAUGUGGAUUUUAUGGAGCACACUGUAGUGCUGAUCAUAAAAAAUGUUUCUGCAAGAACGAGUUUCUCACCUCAAAUCAAAUUGACAAAUGUGGAAAUCCUUCUAACGUGAACGAAUCAUGUGAUUUCAACGAACAAUGCGAAAUGAAGGUACCACAAACCGAAUGUCGCGAUGGCCGUUGUAUUUGCAUAUUUGAAAAGAUUCCUGUACUUCAAGAUGAUGGAACUACAGUUUGUAUCGCUGAAAUCAGGGAACCGCCAAAUUUACGAACUGUUGAUCCAGCAAUGAUUGGAGUCCUCGUUGGAAUGGCUUUGAUGUUUGUCAUUAUUUGCGUCGUUCUUAGACUUUUUAGCAAAGCACGUUGGCGGGAAAAUCGCACCAUCUUCAAUACACCAAAUGCUCGUCUAAUGAACGUCUCAUUAUUGAAGGACAACAAACUUCUUCAUGGACAAGAGAGGCGCGGAUCACGCGCUAGUGUCAGAGGACCAUCACGACAACCAUCAAUGGCAUCCUUGCGUGCUCAUUCGCCGAACGCCUCGCAAGACGUGGUACAAGAUACUCGAAUAACAAAGCCUUCGUUGCCAGGGUCUCGUACAGGAUCACGUCGUGGAAGUCGUGGAAGCAGUGGGAAUGCAUCCGCAGUUUCCAAUAGAUCCAAUAAAUCGCCACCCAAUCAUAAUACCCCGGCUGAUCCAGCAAUGGAGGACGUCGCGGUCAAGAUACUUGAGGCCAAGGCGUAAAAAUACUUCGAUAUACCCGUCUUCUAUUUAUAUAAUUAUAAUCAAUUACAUACAGAUAUAUUAUAAUAUAAGAAAAUCGCAUUUUAUGUAGAGAGAGAGAAAAAAAAAAAAAAACGUUAAGUGCAUUUACAUUGAGCUUAAUUUAUCCGCAGGUUUUGAAAAAAGAAAGAGAGCAGUGACCUUGAGAAUGAAGUGGGAGGGGAAAAGAAUGAGAAAGAAAGAGAUAAAACGUUAGCUCUUUCUCACUUUUGCUCUUCUCCCCACCUUUUAUGCUCAAAGCGCGCGCACUCGCUCCUCCUCCUUUCAAAAAUUUACGUAAACUAAACUCAUUUUAAAUGCAUUCAUAAUCAACAGCUUCAGAUUGAAACGCUCCUUUAAUGAAUUUAAUCUAACAAAUUAUACAAAAGCUUUCAAAUGAAUCUCACUCUAUUAGGACAAAAGAAUUAUUCAAAAACAAAAAAAACAAAGCUUGAGUUGUUUCUUUCGAAGCGAAAAUUGACCCUAAAUUUUUUUUUUGGGACAUUUAGCGGGUACAUUUUUCGAAAAACUCAUUAUAGCGAAAGUAAUAUAUAUAUAUAUCAAGUAGAUAAUUUACUUUGGCGAGUCUUUUAUGCUCCCGCAAAUUAUUAUUCGUCUUUUCUGUCGAUAAUGUAAUCAUUGAUAAAUGAAAAAAAAUAUUAUGUAUAGAACAUAUAUUUUAGAAUUUCAGACAUAGUUUUUCUCUAGGUUUUAGAAUUUUUCUACCACACACAUACACACACUAACACACACUUUAUUUCUCAAAGGCUUUUUUUCCAAUUUUCACCAAUAUAUAUAUAUACUGAAAAUAACCAAAAGAAAAAAAAAUAUUGAUCCUUUGUGGUGACCAAAUUGAAUUUAAGAUUUAUUGUCAUUUCAAGUGAGAAAAUUGCCGGAUAUGAAAUUGUUAUAACAAUUAUUUUACGAAAUGACUAAAGGUGUUUUUUUUUCAAGAAAACAUUUUUAUAUUUUAUUAAUUUCAGUAAAAUUUUCUACUACGAAAUUAAUGAUUUUUCUAAAAAACUAAAA